CGCACAGUUUGUUUGCGUUUUGGUACGAUUAAAAUUUUAGAAAAUUCGUGUUUUCCGCUGUAAAAAUGGACGAAAAGUGUCGAUUAUGUUUAGUGGAAAUCACAGAACAUUCCAAAUCCAUCGAGGACGCUGCUUUCCAGAAGAAGCUGGUCGGGGUUUUUAACUUCCAGAUUGUAUCGCAGCCCCCAUUGCCCGUGCUCGUCUGUGGAGAAUGCGAUUCGAAGGUGACCGAGUAUUAUGCCUUCCACGAGGAAGUAAGAGCGAAUCAAGACAAACUGUGGGUCAUCCGCGACGACUUGGAGGAGGAGGAGGAGGAGGACAAACUGGCUCCGGAAGAGGAACAGCAAGAAGGAUGUUUCGAAACGGUGAAGCUGGAAUCGGAGCUGCCUACCGAGUGUAGCACUUUCGAAGACACGGCCGAUGAAGAACUUCUUAGCGAGCAUCUGAUCGUGAAAGAGGAGCCAAUGGAGGAAGAGCACAUUCUGGACUCUGAGGUUGCUACGAGUUUCGAAGCCAACGAAAGCACCGAUCCGGAUGAAGGCAGUGCCACCGAACGGGAGGAUCCUGAGUAUGACCCGAUAUCGCCGCCGGAACCAACGAAAGAUCGGCCGCGAAGGAGCACCGUGGUGCGUAAGCUGCCCCGCAAACCGAAGCAGAAGGCCGUAAAAUCAACGGAACGCUGCACCAAGGAAGCGUUCGAAGAGCAGAACCGACGGCUGCAGGAAUUCUACACGAUGAAGUGUGAGCUGUGUGGUGAGAUGAUGGACUGUUUUACAUCACUAAAGGGCCACUACCAACGGCAGCACAAGAUUAAAGGAUACAUUAGCUGCUGCGGCCGCACGUUCCACAGCCGGUACCGGUUGCUGGAGCAUCUGUCGUACCAUGUCGGAUCGAGCAUGGUACGGUGCGAUGUGUGCAACAAGAGCUUCAGCACCCGGAGCUACCUGCAAGUGCACAAAAGUCGCGUGCAUGGGACGGAGGAAGACCGCCCGUAUAAGUGCAACCAGUGUCACCAGUCGUACACCUCCGAGUGCCACCUGAAGGCGCAUCUGGUGUCGCACGUGCGCGUGAGUUGCGACAUCUGCCAGAAGGUGCUGGCUAGCAGUCUGUCGCUGCGAGUACACAUGGUCAACAUUCACGGGAAUCGAGAGAUGCUAAUAUGCGACAGCUGCGGGAAGGAGUUCCGUACCCGGCAGGCCUUUGACCGGCACGUCAACCAGCACAUGGGCAUCGACCAAACGGAGCACGUGCAGUGUUCGCUGUGCUCCAAGUGGCUCGGUAGCAAGCGGGCCCUGAAGGUGCACAUCCAGCUGGUGCACAACGAGGCUGGCCAAACGUUCAAGUGCGAUCAGUGCCCGCACGAAAGUCCCAACAGCCGCGCUAUGGCGAACCAUAAGCAGCGCGUGCACGUUGACCUGCGGUUCGAGUGUGAUGUGUGCGGCAAACGCUUCAAACGGCAGCUCUACCUGAAGGAACACAUUGCACUGCACACCGGGAAACCGCUGUACUCCUGCGAGAUCUGUGGCGCAACCUUCAACUCGAACGCGAACAAGUAUUCGCACCGGAAAAACAAACAUCCCGUCGAAUGGGAGGCGCUCCGGAAACCGCAAAUCACGCAGGCCACCAGUGGAUGAAUAAUGGACGAUCGGUGUACAGAGGAGCCUACUGCGAACCCUCCCGGUUGCUUUAUAGCUGAAAAUAUAUUAACAUGACGAUGAUGUGAUGCU